AUGCUGGUUGGGGAGGCAGAACAUUGGUCGAGAGAGACCCAUCACAUGCUGACCGCCAGAGGGGUGGUUGUUGACUGGGAAUGCUUCAAUAGGAUGUUCCUGGAGAAGUAUUUCCCUGAGAGUGUGAGGCAUGCCAAGGAAGUUGAGUUCAUGCGGUUACACCAAGGAGGGAUGAUUGUUUCUGAAUAUGCGAUGAGAUUCGAGCACUUGGCUCGUUUUUAUUUGCAAGGUAUAGCUGAAGCCUGGAAAUGUCGAAAGUUUGCUGAGGGACUAGUUGGGUCCAAGAAAGGCGGGAACCAGAGGAAGUCGUAUGAUAGGCCCCAACCUCAACAAGGGGGUCCUGUCAUUAGACAACCUUCUGGUGCUGCAGGUGGAGGGAGGCAGGGUGGAAGUGCCACUCUGAGAUGUUAUAGGUGUGUCGGGCCCCACUUUGUCAAGGAUUGCCUGCACACUAAGAGCCGUUGUUUCAGAUGCCACCAGAUGGGCCAUGAGUCAUCCAACUGUCCUACUAGAGGCAGACCAGAGAGGGGUGAUGCGCAGAGGAGUGGUGCCUAG